AUGUCCCAGCAGCCCCAUUGCCAGCGGCCAGGACCCACCGUGCCCACACCCACACGCCGUGGUGGCCGUGUCCACCCCAGUCUUUCCAGAACCGCGGUGAGCCAGUGCCGCACCGGCCCCCGCAGACCCCGGGGCAGACUCCGGGCCCGGUCGCCCGCCCAUCGGGGUGGGUGGCUCGAACUCGGGCUCCCCUCCCGGACGCCACCACCUGCGCCCGCUCCGGCGCCGCCUUUGUCCGGCGCUUCACUGCCGAGUGGGCCCCUCGGGCCCGACCUCACCCGGCCCCCGGCCCCGGAGGAGAGGCGACGAAGCCGGCAGGGCAGAACCAGGCCGGGCCGCGAGCACGGGGUCCCGCUGUCACUUGGAGGCUGUCUGACAACUUCGAUCCCCCCGCCCCGCCUCGGACUCGGCCGCCGCCCCGCACGGUCCCCGCCGGGCCUCCCGCGGCCCACACUCCGCUUCUCGAACCGGUCCCCUUCCGUCUUCGGCGCCUCCUUCCUCCCAGCCCGAUCAGGUCCAGGCUACACUACCCCCCGCCCCGGCGCGGCCCCCGUCCCCUGCCCCCCAUCCAGCAAUAACCUGCCAGCUCCCAGCGCGGGAGGGCGCCCCCCACCCGAGCGGGCGAUCCCGCGGCGCCGCCCCCGGCCGCGGCCCCUUGCCUCGGGGAGCGCGAUGGGGGAGGGGGCGAGCGAGCGGAGGGGGCCUCGUCGCCCGCACACUCGGAGGCGAGCCGGCUCCGCGGCAGCGGGGAAACGACCUGCGUCCUCCCGCCCUCCGCGGCCCGGGACGCCCGCGCCGCCGCCGCCCAGCCGAGCUGCCACCCUGCAGCCGCCACCCCCCCAGCCCCCGGCCUGCAAGGCGGGCGGCCCCCGGGGGCUGUCACCUCGAGGCGCGCCGAGCUCCCCGAUGGCGGGACCCGGGGGCGGCGGCGCGGCGCGCUCGGUGGGGCGCGCUGACGGGCGGUCGGUCCUCUCCCCCUUCGCUCGUCUGCCUCCCUUGCUCACUCGCUCGCUCCCUCCCGCCUGCUCGCUCCCUCCCCCCCACCCUCGACCCCAGCCCCUAGCUCACCGGGACCGGCGGCGCGGACGGCGCGGCUCUGGGCGCCCGAAGGCCCCGGCCGGGCUGGAAUCCGGCGGCUGGAACCCCCCGGGGGCGCUCAAUUCCCGGGCUCCACGCUGCUGCGUCAGCGCCUCCUCCUGGGGGCCGGGGCCGGGCGGGCGGAGCGGGGGCCGCGUCCGGGCGGGGCCGUCGGAGGGGCGGGAGCGCCUGGCCGGGGCGGGCGGACGACGGGGGCUGGACGGGCGGGGCAGGCAGCCGGACGGGCGGGCGGCGGGGGCCGGGCUCCGGGAUCCGCUACGCCGCUCGCGGUUCCCCCACAAACUCCCCGAGAGCGGAGCCUCCACCGCCCUCCUUCCUGCUUCCUCGUCCGCAGCCAAUCAGCGGCCUGCCCCUCGGCCAGCUCCGCCAAUCAGCCGCCCCGCCCUGCGCUGGCCCCGCCAGCCAAUCCGGCCCUCGGCUCCCCCUCCCAGUCUCCGACCAAUCAGAACCGUGGGUCGGUCGUCCCAACGCAGGGGGCAGCACGAGGCGGCCGGGGGAGGCGGAAGGGCCCCAGACUCCAGCGAAAGGGCCCCGACUGCCGAGAAGCCCCUCCCGCCCUUGCCUCAUCUUUCCGACUUCCCUGCCUGCCACGUCUCCUUCCCUUUCAAGCAAGAAGCAGAGUACGGAACCCUCAUCCAUUUCCAGCUGACAGCAGAGCCUGGUCUGUGA